CGUGCGUUUGCGCUCCUGUGCCUGCAUUUUCUCCCGUGCGUGCGCCAUGGGUGGCGGAUGCUGCAAAUGGCAGCCAAGCAGAGAAGAAGAGCUGAGCCAGCUGGGCAAACAGAUGGUGCGCGCCGCGGAAACCAAGAGCUCGCGCUGGCAACUCUGCAGCUCAGAGAUUCAGGAUUACACGCAGAAUCCCCUCCUACAACCACCCGGCCGGGAGUCCUUCAUUUCUUCUCCCUGCGUUCUGGAGAUCGGAGACCACGUUCACCUUUGGGCCAGCACUGCUAGGGGCAUCCUUCACUUCGCCGCCAAGGACGGUUUGUGUGGCUGGGUGCUGGUAGAGCUCACGGUGGACCUUCCCGGCGCCACGAGGCCUUCGGUGCGGAGCGAGGAGAGUGUCGUGUACCUCUUCUACGAGACCGAGGGCCGGGUGUGUCAGAUGUCGGCGCGGCCCCCGUGCCAAGUCUUCGCCCUGGAGGAGUGGCUCUGGAGCGAGGCGCAGGAGAUCCUGGAGCCGGAGCUGGAGUGGGAGAAGGUGUGCGUUGCACGGGUGGGCAGCCCCUACGUUGCCUACGACUGUCAGGGCGACCGCUGGCUCUUGUUCUAUUCGGCCUCCGCCACCCUCUUGGACAGCAUCCUGCAUCCCCUCUUCAGCAGCGUCGCGGCGGCGGAGUCCAUCGACGGACCCUACCGAAGACUUCAGGAGAAACCACUCUUCGGGACAGCGGCGGGAUCGCCACAGGUGAUCGGCGCAGGCUGCUUCAAGCUGAUCCACGGCUUCGACAACAUGGAAUUCCAGGAGGAUGCACCUGCCACGCGGCCCUCCACACCGCACUCGCCCACCACGCCCAGCGCCAAAGCCCAGCGACGUCUUCUGGCGCUGCAGUGCCGCGUGACGCGUAGCAAGGGCGUCACAAGCUCCAGCCUUGCGCUGCUGGCCAGCUCGGACGCCCACUCCUGGACUGUUGUAGAGCCUGACUUCCUGCUGCCUACGCGGACAACUGGCUGGAAGAAGGCUUACAUUUUCGCCUUUGACACGCUCGCGCCAUCCUUCGACCCGGAUUAUGUCUACAUCUACUAUUCUGCCCGGAGCGGCUACAGCAAGGGAAAGGAGACCAUCGGCGUCUCGAAGGUGUCCCGGGACUUCCUGGAACUCAGCGCGGGCGGCCCCACAGUUUGCCGUGCCGCCUGAGAAAACCCGCGCGCUGAAGGGCUUGCGAGCCAGGAAAAGAGAGAAGUAGCCAACAGCCCAGUCCAGAGCCUCUGGAAAUCUUAUCCCCGAG